UUUACGCUUUAUUAUAAUAGUACAGAUGUGUAUAAAUGAAGAUUAAAAUUAAAAAUUUCGGUUCCCAGGUAUCAGAAUGGUUGACGCCAAUUCGGGAUCAAUAUAAAGAAUCAGCUAGAAGAAUGAACAAAAUAGACAUAAAAGUGUUAGACGGGGAUAAACUAAAACUAUUCCAGGGGAGUCCAGAAGUUUUAGAGUUACCGAAAAAUAACCUAUUACUCCAAACGUCCAAUAUGACCCCAGUUAACGUAAUGCAGACACGAAACCUCAGGGUGACCUUGGAAACCGUUUUGAGUAAUGCGAAGAAAUUGGCAGACAGUUUGAAGACGCAAAUAUUGAUAGUGCAAGAAAGAGAGGAGAGACUAAAGGACACUAUCGUCAAUGGGAGGUUUGGAAUAACAACACUGACAGUAUCAACACUAAGAAAGUUACCAAGGAACUACAUAAUUCGCAACGGUUAUUGGACCCUCUGUAGUGGCAUUUUGCAGCACCCCACAGCACAGGUGACCGCAGCCGCCUUUAGCGAGCUUUAUGCUGUUCCCAGAUGUAUAGGACAAGAGAUAACAUCAAAGCCAGAUCCUUGCGUAUUCAACUCCGUCAUCAAAUACGAUACGAUACCAACUCAAAAGAGAUCGGAGUAUUCAGAAGACGAGUAUCUUUGCCUCAAGCCGACCUUCAAUUCAACUCUAGAGCAGUACUUCAGUGUCACCAAACGAGUUGUCAAUCAAACGUGUAAAAACGGUGUAAUAAGAAGUAUGGCGGAUAAUGUACUGGAAUGUGGUGUUCGUGUGUUGUCAGAUUACACAUAUUAUCCUAACAGAGAGGUGUCCUCGUACCUACCGCUGGAGUACUGCGAAGGUACCCUCGGCUCGUGCAAUCUUAUCGUGGCCUGGCAUCUGUCAAAUUCGAGCGUCGAGAACUUCGAAUUCAUAAAAGACGAUCUAAACUUUAAGAAUUACUUCAUGAAAUCAUCUACGUUAUUAAAUAACGCUUUAUAUUGAU